ACUUCGGUGUCGAUGUCCUGCAUCAUUCUGCCGAUCUUCUUCUACCUCAAGGUAUUCUGGAGCCGCGUCCCGUCGUACGAGAAGGCUGUCGGCGCAUUUAUUAUCGUCUUUUGUGCUGGCCUGGGCGUCUAUGUGACGUGCAUGACGGGCAAGAACCUCUUCCUGAAUAUUGUGAGUGACUAG